CCCCAGCCUUGCACUAACUACCUUACCUGCCUGCCUGCCAUCUUACCCACCUGCCCACAGAGAUGCGCAGCUGUGUGUUCGUGGCCGUGCUGGUGCUGGUGGUCAUCGCUGCCCUCCUCACCCAAGGGCAGGAGCUUCAUGUCCCCGAGCGUGAGGCCGUGGCCACCCUGGCGGCACGCAUCCUGAAGGUGGUCCACGCCCCGCAGGACGCCGCUGCAGGUUUCCCUCACAAACGCAACUCUGAACUCAUCAACUCGCUGCUCGGCAUCUCUGCCCUCAUGAACGAAGCCGGCAGGCGGUGAUGACCGCGCCCUUCGCACCCUUUCGUGCUGCAAGUUGUGGCUGAGGCGUGCCGCCGCCUCCCUGCAGCAGGCAUGUCUCAUGCACUACACCUGUCUUAACCCAUUUAAUAAAUAAACUAUUCUUUAGUAACAACAAA